AAAUGUUCAGCCAGUAUAAUUGCAAAUGUUAUAUCAAUGUGCUAUAUUUAGUUUGAAGUCUAGAGCCUCGUUAGUUGCCACGUGCAAACCAUCCCUGUACCUUGACGGAAAGGAACGACAGUGCGCGUCGCGUGCUUCUAAUAACCUUCCAUAAAUUCGAAUUAUCUAAAUUCUCUCCGAUCCUUCCACAACGAGCUGCUUCUGACCGCCUACUAUCUCACUACCGGCAUUCGCAUCCGGCGUCCUUGCCGUCCCUCGCGGCAAUCGUGGUGGAAAGCGCAUAAAAGCUGCAAGCGGCACACAGUAGUAGCCUGCGCACCUGCGAACAAGCCGAAAGCGAUUGCGUAGACCGGAACGUGGCCGCGCACCAGUGAGAACCGAGAUCCCGCCUUGUUCGCACUAGCCAUCUCAGCGAGAGACUUCGCCAAGAAAACGGCCUCGAUGUAUCGAAAUCACGGGCGAUUCUCGAUUCACCGAGUCGAAAUGGUAGCGGAAUUGGCAGCGAAUUUAUUUCCGGCAAUUACCACUUUAUAACUCUUUACGUGAGGAUUGAGGUUAUCGACAAAAUGUAUAUUAUCCGCGGAGUAAGAGAAAGCAUUUUAUCUAUAAAAGAGUUGAUAGCGCCAUUUCGAGACAAUACAAAAUUAGGGUGACUGCAUGUAAUGUGCUUCUGGACUAUAAUGCAAUAUCGACGUAACUAAACCGAAGGUUCGCUGUAUCUCUUAAACAUCAAACAGAGUACGAUGCUUCGGCAUGGCAAUAAAAUGCAUGGAAGGGCCCUUUGUGUUCAGACUAAAUGACAACGGUACCGGACCGCAUCUGCUUGUACAGGUUUGCACGGAACGGGGAUGGCGGGAGUACGCCGGCGAAAAUAAUGUAUUCAAAGAUCGAUGGAAUUUAUGGUGGCGGUCCGGCGGUUUCCCCGCGUCGCAUUACAGGCCGUUACUCCCCUGGCAGUUUGUCAAUCGGAUACCGAAGGGAAAUUCCAUCUGCCGGAAGGAUAAGCUUAUCCGCCACUUGAAACGCAUGAAAAAAGUCCACGGUUCGAUAUAUGACUUCAGUCCCGCAGGGUACAACUUGCCUUCCGAGUACACAAAAUUGGCCGAGGAGUGCAGCCGUUGCGAGAAGGAUGACAAGGUUUGGAUCUGCAAGCCGGUCGGCCAAAGUCAAGGGAGAGGAAUCUUUCUAUUUCGCAAAUUAAGCGACUUGUCGUACGAUAAUGCCGCGAUAGUGCAAAGGUACAUCGAGAAUCCUUUGCUGAUCGGCGGAUACAAAUUCGAUCUUCGCCUGUACGUGUGCGUGCCGUCGUAUCGCCCGUUAACGAUUUACCUGCACAAGGAAGGUCUGGCCCGUUUCGCCACCGAAAAGUUUUCCCUGGAGCGAUUGGACGAUCCCUUUCGGCAUCUGACAAAUUUUUCCCUCAACAAAUUAGGGCCAGGCUACUCGGAAAAGAAAGAACGCAUCGGCGCCGGAUGCAAGUGGACGUUUAGACAACUGCGAAGAUAUUUCGAACAGUCAGGAUACUCCGAUUGGAUUCUUUGGCAGAGAAUCUCGUGUCUAGUGACUUUAACGAUUCUAAGUCAAGCAGCAGGCAUUCCUAGAUCCUCGAAUUGCUUCGAGUUUUUCGGCUUCGACGUGCUGAUUGACGAGAAUUUAAAGCCGUGGCUUUUAGAGGUGAACUUAAGCCCGGCAUUGAGUAACGACUGCGAAGUCGAUUCAGAGGUGAAGAAGCCUCUGUUGCACGAUCUGUUUGACUUAUUGGGUCUUCCAGUGUGUAACACCGGGCUCUCUCUGUUCACAAUCUGGUCCACCUCCGAUCGCAUCGAGGAGGACGACGGCGAAGUGUCUUCCAGAUUCGGUCGCUCCGUGAAAAAGAGAUCGAAACUCGGUCGAGAAGCCGAAAAUUUACUAAACCUUUCCUCGGAGACCCGAGCCACGCUGAGACAAUCAACGCCGGAAGUUUGCCCGACCACGUGGCCCCGCUACAAUCCGCUGUUAAUGGACAAAUACAUACGCCGAUACAAGGGAAACACGAUCGAGAAUCAUGCCGCGCCGCCGAUUUGGGACAACGGCAGGGACUGGAGGGCUUCCUGCGUAAGGGAGGGCGGAUGGAUUCGUAUUUGUCCGUUCAUUCGGACGAAGCACAUCGAGAACACGGAAUGCACGAGACCGUCGCCCAGAGCUGUCGAGAACGAGAUCAAGAACAUGGUCCUUUCUAUACAGAAGUAUUUGAAAGCCGCGAAGGAGGUGCAGCAGAGAAACGAGAAGCUCACGGACGAGCAAUGCAAUGCUCUUUUGCAGAGCGAGCUGCAAUUGAAUACAGAAAUUUGGCUGCCAGAAAAGUGAAAACCUAGAAGUCUGCAUUUCUCACUCACAGUCUUCAAAACUUGUUCACGCCCUUUACGCUUCUUUAUUAUAUGUAGUGUUACUGUGAAAAAUAUUUCGUACGAUAUUUAAUGCACACUGUACUAAAACGUGCGUCAUUUUCAUUCCAUUGGUCUUCGAUUGUACAUUGUAUUCAGUAUAAAAGGAGAUAGUCGAUUACGCGCGAUUUCAUGCAACAAGCAAUUAGAUUCGUAUUGGUAAUUGCAUUUGGCAUUAAAUGUAGUCGUCCUCGACUCGCAAAUAAAAUUAUUUUAUUACAAUACCGUAGUAUUAAUUUCGUGGCAAUUACGAUUGCAAUACUGUAUAAUCGCGAAUCCAACUAUAAUUUUCCCGACAUUGUGUUGUUGCGAUUACUCACACAACUCCGUUAUUAUUACUAGCUGCU